AUGGAGAUCUUAAUUUUUUGUGUAUUUCAGUGUUUCUCUAACCAAACGAAUGUACAGUUCAAGGCCAAGUUCAAGUUCACGGUAUUUAAUUCAAGAAAUGAGGAAAUCCCAACAACAGUCUACACAGGAACCCAGCAGCUCCAUGGGUAUUUUGAGUAUAUACGACGGGAUCUUCUCAUCAGUCAUGUACAUCCAUCAGAUGAAUUGCAAUUGGUGUUAAAUAUGACGGUUACUUUCGAUACGGUAACGAGAACUAGUCAAGCGCCGAAAACUCUCGGCCCUCCUGAGCCUAAGCCAGCAGAGGUAAGCUUUUACUUGAAAUUGCGCACACUUGUAAACUAA